GGCAAGAUGCAUCCAAGUCAUCCAGAUUGAUCAGCUUGAAUGUCGUUGAUCAGAGAUAAUUGUGCAACGUCACUUGUCGCGGUCACGUCAAUUGCUUUGUGCAAUAGGAGCAUUGGUGAGGAGAGGAGCCAAUCUUCGCGACCUGCGCUGGGAGCCUGACUUCUGCCUGAUAAGGCAUACAGGCCACAAGAUAGCUGCCAAGACAUAGCAACACUUGACCGACUGAUGUCUCCUCGCUUUAUCCUUCGCGAAUCCCCGAACUCGUCAGAAGCCACGCAGUUCCUACACUUAGUCAAUUGUUACGUCGAGGCUGCCAUCAUGCGGCCUUCUCUAGCCAGGAUGGGCCACGCCAACACUUUGAACAUGGACCCGGCGUUGGUCAAAUAUGCCAACCUCUACGUCAAACGCCAUGAAUACUUCAGAUGGACGCCGCGAACCGCACGUAUCGCAUUCAUGUAUGUGAUUGCGGUCCCUUCGCUAAUCGGCUAUGUUCUUUACAAGACAGAUGGCAAGUUCGAGUUGAGAGGCAAGCGGAGGGGCGAUAUCAUGUCUGAUUACUAGUUGAGAUGGAUCAUGCAAGGUUGAGACGAGGAGAAACAUGUUUGCUCCUUCAGCUGGACGCAUCCCAUCUGCUCACAUAGCUCAUAUGUCGUGAACAGUAGCGGGUCUUUGUAUUAUCCAAGGCAAGGCUUACUCCGGCUGGCAUCCUUGACCUGGGGACUAAAGCCCUUGAAUCGAAGGCUGCAAUGAGCACUGUACAUACAUACAUGCAUGCUUAUAUACGUAUCUUUACAUGUACCUAUCUAUGUGUGCACACGUACGUCGAGAGCCAAAUGCAUGUGGACAAUGCAGAGCUUGGAAAGUCAACCGCGCUCUUGCAUCUCACGUGACAGAACCAAGAUCGGCCGAAAAGUCGC